UUGGCCUUCGUUCUCUGAGCAUUUCUCUCGAAAAGGGCGGGAAGAGUACUUUCACAGUGAGCAAAUUUGAAGAUAGCUAUGGAAAACUCCAUUGACAUCGCUCCUUCUUCUUCUUCGUCAGCUCCACCGCUUGAGCUCGAAGCAAUUCGAAGUCGAGCGAGAGAGCUGGAAGACAUGCUUAGGGUUCUUGAUGAAGAUGGAUCGGAGUUAUCCCCUUUAGAUUCAGAGAAAUUACUCGAGGAUUGUGCUCUCGAUUUCCAGAGAAGAAUGGAGGAAUUAGGAUCGGAGUGGUCAAAUGUUGGUUUUUCAACAGAUAAAGAUAUCGAUGAAUGCUUGGAACACUUGGGAAAGGAGCUUAGCACAGUGGAGGCUGAAAGCGCCAUGAUUUCUCAAGAAAUUGAAAUGCUUACAAGAACUCAUGCUGAAGACUAUAGUCGAAUGGAGAUUGAACUUGAGGGGUUGAAAUGUUCAUUGGACUCUGCUGCUCUACAGGAUCUCGAGAAAGUAAAAUUGGCAACCAGUGAAGGCCAUUCGACUUCAAUGAAUGUUUAUGGCAGAAAAAAAUUAGAGCUAUUGGAACUUGAGAAUCGGAUAGAAAAGAAAACUACCAUCUUAAAGACUUUAGAGGAUCUAGAUUCUGUAUGCAAAUGGUUUGAUGCCACAGAGCAGGUUGAAGAUGCCUUUGUUGGUAUAAAAGUCACCGCAUUUGAUGAAAACUGCAUUAGGUUGUCAUUGCAGACAUACAUUCCAAAAUUAGAAAGCUUUUUAUCUCAACAAAAUAUUGAAGCUGUCGAUGUGCCACUGGAAUUGAAGCAUCAGUUGAUGAUUGAAGUCGUUGAAGGGACCAUAGAGCCGAAAAACGUUGAGAUUUUUCCAAAUGAUAUAUACAUAAAUGAUAUUCUGAAUGCUGCAAAGAAUUUCAGUCAAUCUUCAUUGCAGUGGUUUGUAUCAAAAGUACAAGACAGAAUUGUUUUGUGCACGAUGAGGCAACUUGUGGUGAAGAGUGCAAAUAAAUCUCGAUACUCCUUGGAAUACCUGGAUAAAGAUGAGAUGAUAUUAGCUCACCUGGUUGGGGGAGUUGAUGCGUUGAUCAAAGUUUCUCAAGGUUGGCCAGAAUCAAGCUCUCCAUUAAAGCUAAUAUCUCUCAAGAGCUCUAACAAUGACACAAAAGGAAUAUCGUUAAGCUUUCUAUGUAAGGUUAAGGAGGCGGCGAAUUCGCUGGCAGCGCAUGCUCGGCAAAAUCUGUCAAGCUUUGUGGAUGCUGUUGAGAAAAUACUUGUUAUACAAAUGCAGAUAGAACUUGAGUCUGAUGAGACCCCAAAGAGCAACCCAUGAUUCUAUAAUAUGUCACCUUAAACAAUUUUAUUUUGCACUUUAGAAGUCAUAUGUACUUAAUCUGAAAAGAAAUUCAUGGUCUGUUUGAUUUGUAAAACUAAGCUACUUGUUUUUUACAAAUUAUUAUAUUCUUCUAUUCCUUUAUAAGUAAUUCAGUGUCCAUUUUUCCCCCUUUAAUAAAGGUUUGUUAGUUUCUUGACCA